CGGAGCUGCGCCCGCGCCUUGAGUCCCCGCGCCAAGUGUGAAAAACAUAUAAAUGCGUCGAGUAAACGCAACUAAACUUUAUAGAAACUAAAAGUUUAAAUUGAAGUUGGUUUUUAACACACUUUCGUCGCUUUUUGCAUGCGAAAGCGAAAGUUGCGUGUCCGAGUGGAGUUUAUUGCUUGGUGUUUACAAACCCCCAAAAAUCCGUAACCAAAAUAAAGAAGCAAAAGCAGAGGAAGUCUGGGAAGAUCCCAAACAACGAAAUACCUUAAUAAUUUAAAGAUAAUCCAGCGACAAAAAGCGUGCAAAGUCACCAACGACCACAGAGCAACCUUCAUUUCAAUUACGUUUCCUGAACCGAUCUUCGUGCCAAGAUGCCAGCAGCCAGCUCACAUCCACGUCUCUUCUUCUAUCUUCUCUGUGCUGCCUCUCUCUUGGCCGUCUCAAAGUCGGACACCGUGCCAUUGCAACCGCCAAGCGAGGACUUGGCUUAUGAUGCUGCCCUGCAGCUUGGACUACUUAAUCACCGGCUUAAUCUACUUGCACAUGAGGAGGAGUCUAGGCAACUCAGUUUGCCCAACAUAACGCUGAGCAAUCUGGUAAAUCGCAUUCCCUGUACUUGUGACACUGGACUGUGCAAGUGCUGUGCUGGCUUCCUUUCGGUAAUUGGAAUGAACAGCUGCACAGAGGUUGCCUAUCGUCCUGACGAGUUCUCCUUCGAGUUGCGCAUGCGCGUCAAUAACAAUAUUUGGUUCCGCCGCAAGGUGUCUGGCCAAAAUCCACCUCCCUUCUGCUUUAGGCCGCCACGCUUUAACUUUGCCAGGGCCUGCAUACAGUUCCAUGACAUUUGGUUUGUGGGUCGCAACAUGCAUGUCUGCAUGUUCAUGUCGGGGGAGUUUCAGGGAUUCGAGUUAUUCGAGAGAAACUUUGAUUGCCUGUUGUUCGGUGAUCACGGCGUCAAGAUCGUUCCCCCAGAGCAAGGAUAUCCCACCAGGCCGAAUGAAGUGGACAUUGACGAUGGGGACGAUGAAAUUGAAGACUACGAUGAGAAUGUAGUGCGCAGCUUAGCGGAAAAGAUGAUGGGUUAACGCCUUGAGGACCUAAGAUUAAUUAAGAUUCACUUAUUUAUUUUCCCCCUC